AUGGCCCCCACCGCCGCCCUCCUCCUCGUCUCCGCCGCCGCCAUCCUCCUCGCCCCCGCCGUCUCUGCCGCGACGUCCGAGGUGCCGCCGGCCACGCCGUGCGCGGCGGCCAUCGUGUCCUUCUCGCCGUGCCUGGCGCACGUCGCGCUGGUGGAGCCGCCCGCCCUGCCCGCGCCCGCGCCCACCGCCGCCUGCUGCGCGGCGUUCCUGCGGGCCGUCUCCGCCGGGGACGGCGAGGGCGGUGGAGGCGAGGGAUGCUUCUGCUACCUGCUCCGCGACCCGCUCCUCCUCGGCUUCCCCGUCGACCUCGCGCGCCUCGGCGCGCUCCUCCCCACCUGCGCCUCCGCCAACGCCUCCCCCGCCACCACCGUCGAGGCCGAGACCCUCUUCGCCGACAAGUGCCGAGAGCUCAAGUCACUGCCUGAGAUGCAUUUUGCACCUCCAUCGCCACCUCCAACUCCACCUCCACCUUCCGCACCGAAAAUUUCUCCAGCUACCGUUGAAGAACCAGCGUCACCGCCCCCGGAGAUGGAGGAGCAUUCGACAUCGACGCCCGUCACGCCAGCUGAUCGUUCGGGAUCGGAUGCCUUGUGUGCCUGCCGGGUUUUCCUUGUGGCGUUGGUCUUCGCAGCAGCAGUCUUGAUCACGCUGCAGUUCUGAUAGAUGCUGGCCAUCGCUUUGUUUGGAAAGCUUUCGAUACAUACGUGUGCCUGCUGCGUCAUUCUUGCUCGGAUCCUUUUGUUGCAUACGCUGAGGCUGCUACAUGAUACAUGGCACGAUAUAUACCUGAAAACCCUUCCUGACGGGUGCAGUUUUUUUCGCGUGCAUUUUUCAUGAUCUGACAGUGCAAGUAACUGUUUU